UCAAUUUUUUCCUACUUUUUUCUUCAUUAAAUAUUAAAAAUGGGAAGAUAUCCUUGUUGCAAAUUAGAUGAUAAUGAUUUGAAGAAAGGGCCAUGGACAGAAGAUGAAGAUGAGAAAUUGAUUGAUUAUAUAAAGAAAAAUGGUCACACAAAUUGGCAAUUAAUUCCAAGAAAAGCAGGUUUGAAGAGAUGUGGAAAGAGUUGCAGAUUAAGGUGGAAUAAUUAUCUUAGGCCUGAUAUUAAAAGAGGAGGAUUUUCACAUGAAGAAGAAGAAAUUAUCAUUAAUCUCCAUUCUGUUCUUGGAAAUAAGUGGUCAAGAAUUGCAGCUCAUCUUCCAGGAAGAACUGAUAAUGAAAUCAAGAAUUUCUAUAACACACAUUUAAAGAAAAAGCUUCUCAAAUUAGGAAUUGACCCCCAAACACACAAACCAAUAUCUGAUCUUAAUUCCCUUCUAAAAUUUUCUAAUCAAUUUACCUCUAACUCCAACCAUUUUGUUUCUUUAGCAUCUACCCUUAGAUUACAAACACAUUUUACUUUACUAGCCAAAAUCCAACAACUCAUAAAUUCAAACUUAUUUUCAUCAAUUCAAGGCAAUAUUUUAAGCAAUUCAAAUCCUCUAUUAUUUGAGAGCCUUAAAUAUGAGAGUGGUCAACCCCAAUUCUUGGAUUCCUCUCUAGCAAAUUUCACUACAACAAUUCCUUGUUUGGAUAAUACUAAUUCAUUCUCCAAUGAUUAUUCUUCUAUUUUAAAUUUCUUAGAAGUCCCGUCACGGACAUCUAACAAAAUUGAAACGAUACAAAGAAGAUUAACACAGUCGUUCCUGUGCAAUGACGACAGGCAAAAUUUGAGAAAUGGUUCAAAUUACUCAGAAUUAUGUCAAGCUAAUGAAUUGAAUUCAAAUGAAAAUCAAAUUGAAGGACUUGCAAGAGCUUCUACUCAAGGAAAUUGCAACUUAAAUCAAAAUUUUAUUCCCACAUUUUCUGAAUUAGAUGAUAUUGCUGCAUGGGAAAUACCUCAGGAUGAUGAAGAAAUCAAUACCUUUUGGAAUACUAUUUUCCAAUGAUUUUCUUUUCAUAUCUUUUUCAUGUACAAUGUUGUUAAAACUUUUUUCCUUUUUCAUUUGUGUGGAGAGUAUUAUUUUGAUCUGUAAUUGUUGGAAAUAUGUCCAUCAAUAUUAUGUUGGAGGUUUUUUUUUUGGUUGCUA